AUGGCCAUCUCGUCAGCGCUUAGUCUGUUGGCACUUCCGGCACUCUCGCUGGCUAUUGGUCAAGGUCAGCCAUUGUACUCGCAGUACGACUUCAACCCUCUUCAGCAUCUGGCUGGAGUAACACCAUACUUUGAGCCGUCAGAUCCUCCCAGGGAUCCCUCGCCUCCCCAAGGUUGUACAGUCUCCAAGGCAGCCUAUCUGGUCCGGCAUGCGGCCAUCAACGCGAAUGACUUCGACUACGAGACUUACCUGGAGCCUUUCACGGACAAGCUAGAGAACGCCACCGUGGACUGGAGCAACAUUCCAGAGUUGUCCUUCCUUUCCAAAUGGUCACCUCCGUCGCUCAAAGAACAGGAGAAGGUCACGCGUACUGGAAAGCUGGAAGCUGCGCAACUCGCAGUCCAGCUUUCUUAUCGCUACUACAACCUCAAGCUGCCCCAGAGAGUGUGGACUAGCACUGCAGAGCGAACCGUGGCUAGUGCGGAGGGCUUCAUUCGCGGGUACGAGCCAGACGAUGACCAAAUCAACCUGGUCGAGAUCUACGAAGGAAAACAAUCCGGUGCAAACAGCCUGACGCCAUAUUCUGCUUGUCCGGCUUAUUCGUCUUCAAGAGGCUCGUCUCAGAGCUCUCAGUAUGUGAAGAAAUACACGGCACCAAUUCUGGCUCGUCUUCACGCCCUGGCGCCAAGCUUCAACUGGACUUCAAAUGAUGUGGUGGGCAUGUUCGAAUGGUGCGGUUACGACACCGUCAUCCGCGGCUCAUCGCCUUUCUGUUCGCUUGAUCUGUUCAGUCCGGACGAGUGGCUUUCUUUUGAAUACGCCCAAGACCUAAUGUAUCAUCACAACACUGGAUAUGGGAAUCCGAUCUCAGGUGUAUUGGGCUUUCCAUGGCUGAAUGCGACCGCUGGUCUGCUCUCUGGCUCUUCUGCAUCAGACGACCAAGACCUUUACGUCUCUUUCACGCACCGUGAGCUGCCACCCACUGUUCUGGUGGCGAUGGGUCUUUUCAACAACUCGGAUUUGACUGGUGCAAACGAUCCAAAUGCGACAAUGCCCACCAACCGAAUCAACUAUCAUCGCCAAUGGGUCAGCUCGUAUAUGCUACCCUUCCUGACAAACAUCGCUAUUGAGAAGAUGAACUGCUCUGCUUCCUACGGAUACCAAAACUCGACCGACAGCACAUAUUACCGUGUGCUAGUGAACCAGAGUCCGCAGACGCUUCCCGACUGCUUCGAUGGUCCUUUGGAGAGCUGCUCUGCUGCUGGCUUCCAAAAGUUCAUACAGAAUCGCGGAGAGAUGCUUGGAGGAUUCAGUCAAAAGUGCGGAGUGAAAUACGACAAUUCGACCGACGUCACGAGCUUCUAUUCAAGUAAUAACAAUGGGACCAUGAUAGGCAAGCGGUCGCCGAGAGGUGGUUGUAUGUAA